AGCCGUCACCUCGGUCCAACAUUCCCAUCGCAUAGGAUAACCAUUAGCGCUUAAUAAGCAGCCGAACAGACGGGAGAGCUGUAUAAAAAGACAGCGGGAUCUCUCCUAGCUGCGCUACGCUCCAGCAAACCCGCUGGCUUUAUUGAUCCUCAGGUGAUUCCCUGCGCUGCGUUGAUCCAUUCUAAUUGGACACGGCAUUGAAGUUGCUGGAAAAGGAACGACCUAUAUUUUACGCACGUCAUGGCCGACAGUAGCACAAAGUCAUCAAACCGUCCACAGUAUUGCCGCGAUGCGACGUGGUACCCUUUGCGAACCGGGUGGCAGCCGAGCUACAUGUCAACUCAGAACUUUGGCCUGUCGCCUCUCCUGACGCCUGGCGACCUGAGUUGGAUGGAAAGUGUCUCCCGGAAGCUGGCGGCGCUCUCCUGGCCCGGAUACAUGUGGUGCACUCAGCCCUGUACCCCCACGCAUCCCAAGCUUCAGCGGGAGAUCUGGGGCAGGGCAGCGGAGGUGAGGGGAGAACCAUACAGGUGGACAGUCAGCUUGGACGUCAACCAUUUCUUCCCCACGGAACUCUCAGUCAGAAUUACAGAAGAUGGAUUUCUGGAGAUCAGUGGUAAACACGAGGAGAGACAGGAUGAACAUGGCUUCAUCUCUAGAAGUUUUACCAGGAAAUACAAGCUCCCCAUUGGGAUAGAAUCUCAGACUAUUCGCUCUUCUCUAUCUGGUGAUGGGAUUCUGAUGGUGGAGGCUUCACUGCCUAAAAUACCCCAGCCACAGAUGUUUAUCCCUGUCCAGAUUGAAAAGGAGCCUCGCUCACCAGGAACAGUAGAGAAGAAAGAAGAUCCAAGGACAGAGAGGGAGGGUCAGUGUCCUCCGUUCGCCAGCAAUCAGCGUUCUCCGACCUCACCCACAAGGCCCGUGUGGGAGCCCAAGGAGGCGAAUUAUCUUGACGGCCGGCAAGCGGACCAUGCCUUGGCCGAAUUCAGCUCUGGACCGUUCGCUUCUCAGUCUAGACGCUCCAACAAUAGCCAGGCCGGGGAGGAUGUCGGAGAGGCAGACACACAAGAGGGAGGGGCCAGGGAGGAGGCCCAGGAUCAGUUCACAGACCUGUCUGAGGCACCGGCUACCCCUGACACACUGACCUCAGAGCAGGAGGAAUGUGGUGAUGGGGUGCAGGACAGCGAAGUCCAGAAGCAGCAGGACCAACAACAACUAAAACAACAACAACAACUACAUGGUGAGACAACAGGGGAGAGCCAUGAAGAGGGAGGCCUUCCCAGAGAGGGCUCGGAAGAGGAAGUGACAUCAGGAGAGCAGGCCCCCGAAUCCAGACAGUUCCAGGAGCUUGUCAUCCCCGAACAGGAAGUCUUGGAGAGUCACAUGUCCCAAGAACAAGAAGCCCAGUAGAUGCACACACUGGAAAUGAUGACCCCUGACAGACAACAAACACACCGCCUUGCUGAUUUUUAAUGCCACAUAACCUGGCCCAAGCCUCCACCACCACAUGACCUACCCUGUAAUUUUGCAACUGUGAUGCACUAAUAAAACAAUAGCACUUCA